AUGGACACACUUCCUGAAGGAGUGUCUGUUGAGCAGUUCAGCUUCGAUGAGGAGGCUGAUCUGCACAAGGAGAACAAGACCUUCCAGGCCACCGUCUCCACAAUGGAGCCGGGUACGUCCUCAUACAGUGCCUCUUCGGCCUGGCCGACAGGCGAUCUGGAGGAGUCCUUCAGCGAACUGCAGCUGCGUGUGCAGCCCGGUGGUGCUCUGGCGUCCCCGGAGAGCUCCACACCGCCCCGGACGCUGCCCGGAGAGGCUCUGAGCCUGGAAGAGACGCCAAGGACCUCAGGGCUUAUCUCCUUCGCGCCAUCCCCACAGGUGGAGAUGUCAGGACUUGAAGCCCUGCAGGAGCAAGAGGUCCCGUCCACGCCAGACAUGUCUGUGGUGAUCUCUGAUUGCAGCAGUUCCUUAGCCGCGGAGAUGUUCUCCAAGGAGUUCGGCUCUACUGUGGGUUCUGUAGCUGUGGUCGCCGUGGCAUUGGAGGGGAACAUGGACGAGGACCUCUCAGAGUCGAGCUCCCGUGGCUCCUCAAAGUCCUCGAAGCUGGUCGGGCAAUACAUUGCCACGGAGCUCCUGGCACGGUCUGCAGUCCCCAGCGAGCCCUCCACUGCCAGGUCGGUGGUCGCCUCUGAGGUCAGAGGGAGUCUCAGAGAAGACACGGCUGAAAACGGCUUGGGCGUCUCGCACACGGCUGAGCCGGAGGCCAGAGAAAGCAUCAGAGAAGAAAAGGCUGAGAACGGCUUAGACGUCUCGCACGCGGCGGAGCCGGAGGCCAGAGAAAGCAUCGGAGCAGAACAAGCUGAGAACGGCUUGGAUGUCUCGCAGACGGCUGAGCCGGAGGUCAGAGAACACGGCAGAGAGGACAAGGUUGAGAACGGCUUAGCCGUCGCGCCCGCAGCGGAGCCGGAGGGAGCGGCGGAGCCGCAGGCCAGAGAAAGCAUCAGAGAAGAAAAGGCUGAGAACGGCUUAGACGUCUCGCACCCGGCGGAGCCGGAGGCGGAGAACGGCUUAGAUGUCUCGCAGACGGCUGAGCCGGAGGCUGGAGAAGAAACGACCCCAAACGGCUUCGACGCCUUACUUGCGGAGCUGCAGGAGGAGGAAGAAGACGAACAUGAUCCUGCUGCAGACGAUCUUGCAGAACAGGCUACCUUCACCAUCUGCGUCACGGAUUCAGUGACUCGGAAGAGCAUUGUCUUGCUCGAACCACCCGUCUUCGACAUGCCAGUGGCGGCAGCUGAGGCAGAGGCCUCGGGGCCAUCUUCAGACCCGCCUUCCGAGGCAACUGUCGCGCCAGAGCAGUGGCCCAAGACGAAAGACGAGCUGCAUCAAGAGAUGGACGUGUUGGCGGCUUCACUGACGGCGGGUCUAGAGAUCCCUGCAAAGGACGGCGAUGUCGCAACGGAGGUGGCCACGCUGGCUCCGGAGCAGGAGGAGAUGCAGGAAAUGCAGGCACUUGUGGCCACCGAGCCUUCGCCUCCUGCAGAGGAGGAUACCCCUCGGAGUGGAGCUUCAGGUCAUACAUCUGCCGGGACUUCAGAACUGGACCUGGCCACGGAGCUGGUGCACGCCGCCUGCCAAGCUCACGACACGCCGCAAGAAGCCAUGUCUGUGGUGGUGUCCCAGGCAACUGUGUCUGUCGAGGCAGAGACGAUGCUUCGCUCCUUGGAGGCGACCGUCCCGGCGGAGCCCCUCCCGAAAUCGAAGGAGGAGCUGUUGGAAGAGGUGGACGUCUUGGCAGCUUCGCUGACGGACGGACUCGAGCCUGGCUUCAGUCGACCGUCGGGUCCACCUUCCGAGGUAACCAUCAUGCUGGAGCACAUCCCCAAAACGAAGGACGAGCUGCUUCAAGAGAUGGAUGUGCUGGCAGCUUCGCUGACGGCCGGCUUGGAUGCUUCGCCCGGUGACGAUCGGGCAGAGGGCGAUCUCGAAGCGGAGGCGUUGUUGCCGGCAAGCACUUCGAGUCCACCUUCGGAGGCAACCGUUUUCCUCGAGCAGGUUCCAAAGUCGCAGGACGAGCUGCAUGCUGAGAUAAAUGUUCUGGCUGCCUCGCUGACGGCGGGUCUGGCUGAUAUUCCUAGCAAGAACCAUGCGGAGGACGAUGGCGCAGAGGUGGCCACACUGGCCCCCGAGCAGGAGGAGAUGCAGGAAAUGCAGGCACUCGUCGACACCGAGCCUUCGCCUCCUGCAGCGGAGGCACGCGAUACCCCUCGGAGUGGAGCUUCAGGUCACACAUCGGCACGAAGUUCCGAACUGGACUUGGCGACGGAGCUGGUGCACGCCGCCUGCCAAGCCCAGGACACCCCACAAGAAGCGCUGUCCGUGGUGGUGUCGCAGGGAACUGCUUCCGUGGACGCCGCGGCUAUGGUGGCUAUGGUUCGUUUCUCAGAGGACGAGGCGACCGUCCCGGCGGAGCCCCUCCCGAAAUCGAAGGAGGAGCUGUUGGAAGAGGUGGACGUCUUGGCAGCUUCGCUGACGGACGGACUCGAGCCUGGCUUCAGUCGACCGUCGGGUCCACCUUCCGAGGUAACCAUCAUGCUGGAGCACAUCCCCAAAACGAAGGACGAGCUGCUUCAAGAGAUGGAUGUGCUGGCAGCUUCACUGACGGCCGGCUUGGAUGCUUCGCCCGGUGACAAUCGGGCAGAGGGCGAUCUCGAAGCGGAGGCGUUGUUGCCGGCAAGCACUUCGAGUCCACCUUCGGAGGCAACCGUUUUCCUCGAGCAGGUUUCAAAGUCGCAGGACGAGCUGCAUGCUGAGAUAAAUGUUCUGGCUGCCUCGCUGACGGCGGGUCUGGCUGAUAUUCCUAGCAAGAACCAUGCGGAGGACGAUGCCGCAGAGGUGGCCACACUGGCCCCCGAGCAGGAGGAGAUGCAGGAAAUGCAGGCACUCGUCGACACCGAGCCUUCGCCUCCUGCAGCGGAGGCACGGGAUACCCCUCGGAGUGGAGCUUCAGGUCACACAUCGGCACGAAGUUCCGAACUGGACUUGGCAACGGAGCUGGUGCACGCCGCCUGCCAAGCCCAGGACACCCCACAAGAAGCGCUGUCCGUGGUGGUGUCGCAGGCCACCGCCAUUGAUGCAACGGAGAUGGUUGUCUCCUUGCAGGAGAGCCCGGAAGUUCGACCAGCCAGCGCAGGUCAGACUUCCGCAGGCACAUCAGAGCUGGAGUUGGCCAAGGAGCUCGUGCACAUAGCGUGCCAAGCUGGUGAUACUCCACAAGAGGCAUUGUCUGUGGUGGUGUCGCAGGCGACUGAAUCCGUGGAGGCCACCCGGAUUCGUCCGGAGGAGGUCUUGGUUGCUCGACCACUUGAUGCAGGGACCUUCCCGGCAUCUUCGGUGGACGAGGCGACCUCGGCGGAGCCCCUCCCGAAAUCGAAGGAGGAGCUGUUGGAAGAGGUGGACGUCUUGGCAGCUUCGCUGACGGACGGACUCGAGCCUGGCUUCAGUCGACCGUCGGGUCCACCUUCCGAGGUAACCAUCAUGCUGGAGCACAUCCCCAAAACGAAGGACGAGCUGCUUCAAGAGAUGGAUGUGCUGGCAGCUUCACUGACGGCCGGCUUGGAUGCUUCGCCCGGUGACGAUCGGGCAGAGGGCGAUCUCGAAGCGGAGGCCCCAGUUCCAGAACGUUCAUCGGGUCCACCCUCGGAGGCAACGGUUCUCCUCGAGCACAUCCCAAAGACAAAGGAGGAACUGCUGCAGGAAAUGGAUGUGCUGGCAGCUUCGCUGACGGCCGGCUUGGAUGCUUCGCCUGGUGAAGACCGGGCAGAGGGCGGUCUCGAAGCAGAGGCCUUGUUGCCAGCAAGCACUUCGAGUCCACCUUCCGAGGCAACCGUUUUCCUCGAGCAGGUUCCAAAGUCGCAGGACGAGCUGCAUGCUGAGAUAAAUGUUCUGGCUGCCUCGCUGACGGCGGGUCUGGCCGAAAUUCCUGGCAAGAACCAUGCGGAGGACGAUGCCGCAGAGGUGGCCACGCUGGCCCCGGAGCAGGAGGAGAUGCAGGAAAUGCAGGCACUCGUCGACACCGAGCCUUCGCCUCCUGCAGCGGAGGCACGCGAUACCCCUCGGAGUGGAGCUUCAGGCCAGACGUCGGCACGGACUUCGGAACUGGACCUCGCCACGGAGCUCGUGCAUGCUGCCUGCUACGCUGGCGACAGUCCGCAGGAAGCAGUGUCUGUGGUGGUCUCCCAGGCCUCGGCAGCGGCGGAAGCCACGGAGAUGAUUGCCUCGUUGCAGGAGAAAUUAGAAGCUCGACGACCCAGCGCAGGUCAGAGUUCCACAGGGUCUUCGGAACUGGACUUGGCCAAGGAGCUUGUGCAGGCAGCCUGCUACGCUGGCGACAGUUCGCAGGAAGCAUUGUCCGUGGUGGUCUCGCAGGCCUCGGCAGCUGUUGACGCGGCGGUGAUGGUUUCUGCCUUGAAGGAGAGACUCGGGGUUCGACCUCUCAGCGCCGGCACAGCGGGAAGCAUUCCGGCAUCUUCACUGGGCGAGGACUUACAGGCCGCCGUGCCAAUGCCAAUCAUCUCUGGUCCCGCAUCGGAGGCCUCGGUGUUGCUUGAGCCUCCGAGAUCGAAGGAGUUGUUGGCAAUGAUGGACAACCUUGCCCAAUCACUGAUAGACGGACUUGUCGAAGACGUGAAGCAGGUGCAGCCCGGCAGUUCCGAGCCGCAGUCCAGUGCGAAGGAUGUCGCCGAGCAAGAUCGACCUGCUUCAGGAGGUUUCGACCGCAGCGUUGCCAGCGUGCUUGCAUCUGCGGCCUGCUCGGAAGCGGCAGAGGCGGUGAUGCAAGCUGCUUACGAAGAGGUCCUUCCAUGCCUCCAGCUCGAAGCCGACAGGAGGCCGUCUCGCUUGGAUGCCGUGGAGAGCAUCGGCUCCGUGGGCUCUGAGGAUUCGGCGCGGGUCGGUCAGGCCGCCGCCGCAAAGCUGCUGGGCGAGGUAGCGGAUGCCGCACCUUCUGCUGAGGCCUCGUAA